AUGGGUGUAUUCAACGCUAUCUUCCGCUUGCUGCUCUGCGUGCUCUUCUUCUUGACAGCGGACGCUCAGUAUGGUAAAUACGGCAAAAGUCCUCGCUUCGAUGUAGCCCCGAUCGCGUCUCCGGCACCCGAUUCCAGUUCGUUUGUUCUCGUCGACGACCAAAGCUGCGACGACUCCGUUGUCGCGGUGGUCUACACGCUCUACACCAAGAACACGAUGGUCUUUCAGACCUGCGUGUCCGAAGGCAACUACAGGAUCUUCCCCUUCUCCGGCACACACCCGACGACCGAGCAGAUUGGAGCUAUGGCCACUUCGCUGGCGUGCCGAGCCAUCUUCUCGUCCAUUCUGCUGGCUGGACUCCCCGAGUGCGAGAUCUCCAACUUCCCCAUGCGAGCUGCCGCCGAAACUUUGCUCAAGAUUGGCGUCGAUAUCGACAAGAACACGGAAGCAGUCGGAGUCGUUCCGUCUACCGAGAGGUUCCUUGAGAUGAUGCAUUGGCGACGCGACGUGAAUCUCGCUCAAGCGUAUGGACUCCCGUGCGACUCCGAGUCGCAGCUUUACGCGGAGUACUCCAGCAACCUUUACGCCAUCGCGACCAACGGUCUGGUGCGCUUGACGAUGGACUUGUUGGUUGAGUACCGGUCGACGUUGGACGGGUCCUUCAGUCAAGAACAGAUCGUGACUAUGCCCAAGCUGCCAGCUCUGCGUGGAGCCAACAAGAUCAAAACCGUUAACGCAGCGGAGGAGCCGUGUGAUGACUCAGCGUCGGGUUCAAGCAACAGCGUCGUUGGCGAGGAGCGCACUCGCCAAAGCACGAAAGAUCCGGAAGACAAGGACGAAGCCGAGGCGUUUACGACCACAGCCAAUGUGACGAGCAACGCCACGCAAACCACGUGGAGUCAAGCUCGAGCGGCUGUGGUCGCCGCCAUGCUCGCAAUGCUUGUGCUCGCUUAA